AUGAGAGGGCGCUGGAGUUUGUUUUCGUCAGGAUGAAUGGUCUGUUACGAAGAUGAUUGCUACAGCGAAGAAUAAAAAUAAAUGUUCAUUAGUCGAUUAUGAUUACAAUUCUUCAGACGAAGAAGCUUCGGAAGCCGUAUUCGAUAAGAAAGAAAAAAGAAAAUCGGAAGAGGAAAUCUCUCAAAGUCCAUUGCCUAUUCCUUCUUCUGUGAUUAAAAUGUUUGAAGAUAUUUCUGAAGAUAAUAUGGAUGAUGAAAAAACAAAACAUUGUGGAAGAAUAAGAUCUUUUCCUCAUGAGCGUGGUGUUUGGGCAACAUACUUCUUUAUUAAAUAUAAAUAUCCAUUACAUAACAGUCUAAUACAAGAAAUGCUUAAAGUUACAGAAAAGUAUGGAAUAAAAAUGGAAGCAAUAUCAGAUUUACAUAUCAGUUUAUCAAGAACAGUGAAGCUCAGACAUCAUUGGAUUCAGCCUUUAAUUGAAUCAUUGAAAAUCAGUUUGAUAAAUACAUACUGCUUCAAAUUGGUACUGAAAUCUGUUGAAGUGUAUACCAAUGAAGAAAAUACAAGGACAUUUCUUGGAUUCAAAGUUCACACUGGAAUUGAUAAUAUGGUCAAGAUUGUUCAGAAAGUUGAUAAGUGUCUUGAAGAUUAUAAGCUUCUUCCAUUUUAUAAGAAUCCUUCCUUUCAUGUCAGUAUUGCUUGGUGUUUAGGAAACAUGGAACAGAAAUUAUUAGAAGUUCUAGUGGAUUUAGAGAUGGUGUUUCAUUCUUUCAUUAAAGAUUAUUCAGAUUGGCAGACCGUAAGUGUAUCAAAGGUAUAUUGUAAAAGUGGAAAUAAGCAAUUUGUAAUUCCAUUGAAGCAGAAAUCCUGAAAAAAUUUUUUAUAGAAUUGUACAUAGUGAAAAAUAUUUUAAAAUAAAAAUUAGCAAAAAAAAAUUUUUUUGGUUUGAUAUCGUGCUUUUAUUGCAAUACUCAAGAAACAAGUGGGUGUAUUAUAAAAUUACAAAACAGUCAAUACAAAUAUAUUUGUAACAUAAAUUUACAACAUGAAUAAAUGUACUUAUUAUUUCUUGACAUUCAUCUUGGAAAUUUUAACUAAAUUACAUUAAAACAUUUUACAUGUAAAAUAUUUAAGAAAAUUAACAUUUUUGGCAUUGAUAUUUAUUCAUUCUCAAUUCAUAAAACAUUCAUCCAAUAAUCAUAAAAACCUUAUAAACUUUAACACAUUUAAUAAAACAACUUUUAAACUGUAAUUUAUAUAUAUAUAUAAAAAAUACCAUUACAGAAAUUUGAAUUUUGCAUAAUUUUUCAUUGAUGUCAAACCAAGAUUUAUUUAAUC